AUGGCAAGAGGGAGGAAAGAAGGGAAGAAAGGAUUCGGGGUUUUUCAAUUCCCAGGCGAGGCUGCUGGCGUCCGCGCCCUUAACGCCACAGCCUUCCAAGUUGAGGCGAAAGCCACCUCCUCGGGCCUGCGUCGCAUCCAACUUACUCCAAGUUUUCUGGUGACUCCUACAGGGCCCUUUCCGUCCCCCCUCCCACCCCUUGGUGAGAUUGACAGUCGCGUGGAGGAGGCUUUUCCAGGCACAGGCUUUCUCAUGGUAAUCAGCCCCCAGCAUCACCUCCCGGCCGCGGCCGCUCCCGCUCCGCGCGCAGCUAGCGGACCCCGGGGACCGGAAACAAGGCGGCGGGCGGGGAGCGGGCCAGCGAGCCAGGCUCAACUCCGAAUGGAUUGGAUUGCGAGUUCGCACGUGAGAAAAGCGUUUGACUUGGCUUGGACCCCUACCGCCCCCCACCCCCUCAACACACCCCGAUUGCAGGGGUCCCCCUUAUCACCCUUUCCUUGCAACUCUAAAAGAAGUUGCCCACCUCCUGUGUAA